AUGGUGAUCCACAGUCCCCAGGUGCCUUGCAUUGCUCUCUUUCUGCUGCUGCUGUUGCCUCCAUCCCUUUUGAGCGCUGGGAGCCUACAGUACCAUGGCUCUGGCUGGAGAGUAUUCCACCACCUGGGCAAGGGCUCAAGAAGCUACCACCACCGCCAUAGUCCAGGCACAAGGCAUCGAUGGUACCCAAGGCAAGCAGAAAAGGAUUGCCAGGGUGCCUUUGACCUUUACUUCAUCUUGGACAAGUCUGGCAGUGUGAACAACAACUGGAUUUACAUUUAUUCCCUUGUGGAGGAUUUGGUGAAUAAAUUCAAAAACCCAAAUAUGCGGAUGUCCUUCGUUCUCUACUCGGGAGAUGCAGAAACUCUCAUGCCGCUCACUGCAGACAGAAAAGAAAUUGAAAAAGGUCUGAAGAAACUUGAGAAAGUGGUGCCUACAGGACAAACAUUCAUGCAAGAAGGAUUUAAAUUGGUAAAUAAGCAGAUUGAAAAAGUCAACUCUGAAAACAGAGACAAGAAACCUGCCAGCAUGAUCAUUGCUCUGACUGAUGGCACACUGCUCCCAACCCCAUUUGAAGAGACUAAGCAGCAGGCUAACAAAUCUCGGAAUUUGGGGGCAGUCGUGUACACUGUGGGUGUGCUGGAUUACCAGAAAAAGCAGAUGAUAGCAGUUGCAGACUCCCCAGAUCACAUGUUUGGGGUGGACUCAGGAUUCGAGGGUCUGAAAGGCAUUGUUGAUCCGCUUGCUUCCAAGACCUGCAUUGAAAUCACAUCUGUAGAAGCUUCCACUCGGUGUGCAGGAGAUAAAACACCUACCAGUUUCAAUGACACUUCUAUAAUUUGCCCUGGACCAGUGAUAUCACAACCUUAUCAGAAGGUGUUUCUUGAAGUCAGCUUGAAUAAUGGUGAGAGCUUCCUUGGAAACGAACUCAACAUUACUAGCACCAACUGCGGUGUCUCAAGCAGCAUUGGAAAUACUAUCACCAUUAUUGAGAAAACCUACGAUCUGCGCUUUCUUGCCUUGCUGCCACUCUUGCUACUGCUCCCACUGUUAAUGUAUUGUUGCUGGAGACUGUGCUAUAAGCCCAUCAAGUUGCCACCACCUGUGCCAGAAAAGAAGCCAGAAGAAAAACCACCCCCUCCUCCACCACCAUGUAUAAAUACAUGCCCCACAGUGCUUGUCUCCUGUUGUGGGUGUGGACCCAGAGUAAUAGAGGGAAAUACUGACUCCUGGUGCCAGUAUAUCAACCCAAGUUGCCACCAACUGCCAUUGACUUGGUAUCAUCCCAGGUAUCAGAGAAGGUGCAGCAACUUUGCCCUGAUUAAACCUCAGUGUGGACGGAUCCCCUGCAGCUCAAAGAUUGUCCUCCAACCCAGUAGGGAAUGCUUGUACUUCAAAGAGCCACCCUGCUCCCCAAGGAUCUGCCUUGAACCCAGCAGGGAGUGUUUCCCCACUCCACAAGAACUAUAUACCUCAGGGAUCUGUCUUCAACCAGCUCGGGAGUGCUUCUCCAUGCCACAGACACUCUGCACCCCAAAGAUAUUCCUGAAGCCCAGCAGAGAUUGCCUGUCCCUCAACAACUACCCUCAGUGCCGGCAUCUCCCACCUAGGUACUCCCAGUCUCCCUUCAGCAUGCUGCCACUGCUCCCUCCCUCUGCCCGGAAAUCUAUAGAAUCCCUAGGCCACCCCUACCGCCCUCAACCAACUUCUAAAAGAUGCAAAACCAAAGAUUAA